AUGGCUCCCAAGACCACCACCACCGCAAUCAGGCGCUUGGUCGCCGCUGCCGUCCAAGUCCGCUCCUACUCCGCUCCCGCCGACCGGUCCAUCCCCGCCGCCAAGCAGAAGUAUGUCCCCACCACCGGCACCUAUCCCAAAGGCUUUCUGGCGGGCAGCGCUUAUGCCGGCGUCAAGGCCAGCAACCUGAAGUAUGACGACCUUGCUCUCGUCGUCUCCGAGACGCCUUGUCCCGCUGCUGCUGUCACCACUCGCAAUGUCUUCAAGGCCGCUCCUGUCGUCGCCUCCCGCAAGAUCUUAUAUGACCGCGAUUUCAGAGACUUGAGAGGCGUCGUCGUCAACUCGGGCUGCGCCAAUGCCGUCACUGGCCAAGUGGGCAGGGAGCACGCCGAGACCAUGGCACGCGAGACCGACAAGUGCUUUGGCGCCGACCAGAAAUCCCCUCCUCAGACACUCGUCAUGAGCACCGGCGUCAUCGGCCAGAAACUCCCCAUCGACCGUAUCACCAGCGCCAUUCCCACUCUCCAUCGCGCUUUAGGCUCUACCCACCAACAUUGGCUGGACGCUGCCCAAGCCAUCUGCACCACCGACACUUUUCCAAAGCUCAUGUCUCGCACCUUUACCCUGCCUUCGCACCCCGAUACCACUUACAGCAUCGCCGGUAUGACCAAAGGCGCCGGCAUGAUUCAUCCGAACAUGGCCACUCUCCUCGGCAUCAUCUGUACGGACGUCAAGAUUAAACCGGAAGCUAUGACCGGCCUGCUCAAAUUCGCCGUCGGUCGUUCUUUCAACAGCAUUUCCAUCGAUGGCGACACCAGCACGAAUGACACCGUUGCCUUCUUCGCCAACGGCGCCGCCGCUCCCGCCGACGCUGACCCGCUAGACUACCCUUCUCCGAAAAACACCGCUCGUCCAGUCCGUUCAGUCGGGGAGCUUGUCGGCGAUGUCGUGGCCUUCCGUCGGGUCCUCGAAGAUUUUACUCAAGAUCUUGCAAAGCUGGUCGUCCGCGAUGGCGAAGGAGCGACGAAAUUCGUCACCAUCCGCGUCAAGUCUGGCAGGAAUUUCCUCACUGCUCGACGGGUCGCUGUGAGCAUCGCCCGCUCCGCUCUCGUCAAGACCGCUCUGUACGGCAAAGACGCCAACUGGGGCCGAAUCCUUUGCGCCAUCGGCUAUUCCCCGGGCAUCAUGCCCUCCCUCGAGCUUCCUACCCGUACUCUCGCGGAUCCGGACAAACCUUCGGUAUCUCCCAUCAGGCCGCCCCACACCAGCGUCUCCUUCGUGCCUACCGACGGCAGCGAGGAAUUGAAACUGCUCGUCCGCGGCGAACCCGAACAAGUGGACGAGGAGCGCGCCAAGCAGAUCCUGGACAUGGAAGACUUGGAGAUUCUGGUGCGGCUGAACGACUAUGACAAGAAGAAAGAGGAGUUUGAGGCCGUCUACUGGACUUGCGAUCUCAGUCAUGAGUACGUGACCAUCAACGGUGAUUAUAGAACUUAG